AUGCCCGAUAAGCCUCCUUGUGAUCCGCGGCCAGCCCAGCCGCGCGGAAAGACUUUGCUACAGUAUUCGCCCAAUGGCCGAAAAUUGAUUGUUGCCGGGCUGGCAAACUUCGUGAGAACUUAUAACACAGGAGAUGAGGGUAAUGUGGUUAUUGUGGACAAUGUACCAGACGAGACCAAUGCAGUGAUUGCUGGGGAUGACUACUUCAUUGCUGGAAACGAGGACGGCCUGGUUUCGCAAUUCAAUAUUCAGCAGAAGAGGCUUGACAAGUUGCUUGUCCGGUCAUCACUCCCCAUUCGCGCACUCGCCAUAUCUCCGGACGAGAAAUGGGUAGCUGUUUCCAGCGACGAGGUAAUCAUAAAAGUUGUCGAUCGUCACGAUAUAGAGCGUAUCACCAUCCUCCGAGAACAUUCCAAGAUCAUCAAACACCUCUCCUACGACCCAUCCGGCCAAUACCUAGCUGCCUCGUGUAUCGAUGGCAUUAUAUACAUCUAUUCUAUGGUUGGUGAGGAGCCGACCCUCUUUCGAACUGUGGACGGGAUAAUUCGUCGACUCGAGGUUGAAGACGAAGCAUCGUCAGAAUGCGUAUGGCAUCCGGAUGGACAAGCAUUUGCUUGUGCAACUGCUACCAGAGAUAUCACCACUGUAUCCGUUGCGGACGGUGCUCAGCAGCGGUCCUUCCUAGGCGGACAUAUGACGGACGUCCUAUCUCUCGCAUGGUCAGCCAAUGGUGCACUUCUGGCCAGUACCAGUAGAGAUGGUGGGCUCGUGCUUUGGGAGACGAAGACUCAGUCAAUAAUCAGGAAGUUUGAUUACGAGAACACGAUGAACGUGACAUGGCAUCCUCAAGCAGAAAAUUAUCUGAAUUGGACAACUUCAUGGGGAGAAGUGUACAUAUGCCCCGACUUUCUCAAGGAUGAAGCACACAUCCGCCUCCUCAAAGGGCCAAGAGCUCGCUCCCCCUUCUUUCAUGAUCCGCUCGACGACACCUCUGCAGCAAUCAACGGCCGAAAACCGCUUGUCAACGGUCGUCCAAAGCCGCUUCGAGCUGGCACACCUGAUAGCCUCGACAUUCUGCUCGGCGAAGGGGAAGAGGAAGAUUGGAUCGAAGACGACGAUGGCGCUGGCUACACCAACGGCAAUGGCAAGCGCACGAAUGGGCACCUGGGCGCCCUGAACGGCCACACCGGCAAACGCGGCCGUCAAGACUAUUGGUCUCCUCAGAUCCAUGAGCCCUUCCAACCUGGCGCGACUCCCUGGCGCGGCAACAGAAAAUAUCUGUGCCUCAAUCUAACCGGCAUCGUGUGGACCGUGGACCAAGACACCCACCACACAGUGACAGUUGAGUUUUAUGAUCGAGAGAUGCACCGCGACUUCCACUUUACAGACCCCUAUCUUUACGACAAGUCAUGUCUGAAUGAGAAAGGCACCCUCUUCUCCUGUCCUUCCAGCGACGAUCAUCCGGCUAUGGUCUUCUAUCGGCCUCAUGAAACGUGGACGACGAGAGCAGAUUGGCGAACUCAAUUGCCGAAUGGGGAAGAAGCAACUGCCAUCGCACUGAGCAAGAAUUUCGUGAGCGUUCUGACCACGAAGGGGUAUGUAAGGGUAUACACACUGUUCGGCACCCCCUACCGGAUAUGGAGGCAAAAGAGCGGCCCAGCAGUCACAUGUGCAGCAUUUGACGACUACGUUCUAACGAUUGGCAACGGACCCGUCGGAUCCGACGGAUGCACCCAACUGGUUUACAGUAUCGAAGACGUACGACAAGAGUACCUCUGCCAAAAUGAAGAUGUGGUCGCCCUCCCAGAAGCCGGCACCUUGAAAAACAUCUUCUUCUCCGACGACGGCGACCCGUGCAUUUACGAUUCCAGCGGCACGCUCCUCAUCCUCGCCCACUGGCGCACUCCCAGCCAAGCGAAAUGGGUUCCCCUCCUCGACACCACACAGCUCGACCGGCUCGCCAGCGGCAGGAAAGAAGAAUCCUACUGGCCUGUAGCGGUCGCGCAGGGGAAGUUCCACUGCAUCAUCCUGAAGGGAGGGGAUCAGCACCCUUACUUCCCGCGUCCGCUGCUCAGUGAGUUCGACUUCAAGAUCCCGGUCUCCCCCCUCCCACCGCCUAAGAAACCAUCAGAAGGAGAAGUCGAAGAAGAGGAUGGAACAGGAGAAAGCAACGCCCAGUCCUCCGCAAGGCUGGAAGAAUCUUUCGUCCGCACCUCCCUCCUCCACUCCCUCUUGGAUGACUCUUCCUCCGUCCACUCCCGGCUAUCGCAUACCCAGAAAACAGAACUUACGCGCCGGGAACUCGAGAUCGAUAAGAUCCUCCUGCAGCUGUUGGCGGUGGAGUGUCGCGAGGGAGAGGAGAGGGGCAUGAGGGCCCUGGAGAUUGUGCGGCUCAUGCGCGAUCGGGGUGGGAAAAUGAUUGAGGCGGCGGGCAAGGUUGCGGGGAGGUGGGGGAGGAAUGUGCUAGAGGAGAAGAUUAGGGAGUUGGGGGAAAGGAGGUUGGCUGGGCUGGAGGAUGGGGUGGUGGAGGAGGAGGAUGGGGAUGAGCUGUGA